GGAAAGUGAGAGAGAACACAACAAUGGCGAAGAACGAAAGCGGCUACGAGAGCUUGUUAGCUUCACUGAUCGUAGACAUCAAAUCAUACUCUGGGAAAGACAAUCUUCUUCCCUGGAUCCGAGGUAUUAAGAAGAUGAAAGAGAGCUUGCCGCCUCAGAUAUUGAACGAGAAGCUGCCUCGGUUUCUCCAGAAAUGUGCACAGUCAUUUGAGUCUGAUAAGAGAUACCGUAACGAUUCUCGGUAUAUUCGUGUUUGGUUGCAGCUGAUGGACUUUGUAGAUGAUCCCAGAGCUUUGUUAAGGACUAUGGAAGCAAACAGUAUUGGGACCAAGAGGUCACUCUUCUACCAGGCAUAUGCUCUUCAUUAUGAAAAGUUGAAAAGAUUUGAGGAUGCUGAGAAAAUGUACCGUCUUGGUGUGCAAAACCUUGCAGAACCCAUGGAUGAGUUACAGAAAUCUUACUUGCAGUUCCUUAGUCGCAUGGAGAGGCACAAAAAGAAAAAGACACAGCGUCAAGAGCUAAAAGCGUCUGAAAAGCACCAGAAGGCUGAGAGGUCACAAAAGGAGCCUAGAUUGGCCAACAGUGCUGACACGCCAGUGUUGAGUUUUGUUGAUAAAGCCGUUGUAGGAAAGUCUGAAACAGAAAAUGCUUGCCAUCACGGUUUGGUGGAUCCCACAAUAAACAUGAAAGAAGCCAUGAAUGACAUCAACAACAUGUUCAAAGAGCCUAUUGAAGCUGCUCCACUUCAAAGGAAACCACAACAGAGAAGUCAAGACAAAGAAAAUCAAGGCGGAUUUGAAGUUUUCGUGGAUGAGAAUCUCGAAUGUGAAACGGGUUUAGGAGGAAAAGCAAAGGGUCCACAGCCUAUUCAAGACUCGUUUGAGAUAUUCGUUGAUGAUGAAAAUGAUGAUGAGGCUACGGAUGAAAAUGAUGAGGCUAGCAAAGGGUUUGUCUUUCUCCAACCAAGAGACCAUUCACCUGAAAGCUCUGAAGAAUCAGACAGAAACAACAGUCCUCCUCGACCUAGGUUCAGAGAGGACACAAUUGUUCGUAAGUUUGUUGGUUCAACAAUCUCUGAAGAGCCAGCAGUUGAAAACGUCUGCCACCAUGGCCUUGUGGACCCUACAAUCAACCUAAAGGAAGCAAUGGAGGACAUAAACAACAUGUUUGGCGAACCUAUAGAUUUUGUUAGACCCAACCGCUCUAAAAACAAGGGAAAAGCAGUAGAGGUGAUGAAACCAGAUGUCGCUGAAGGUUUCUCAAUACUUGAGGAUGAUGAUGAUGAUGAAGCUGAGCAGGAACAUCAAGGUACGAGCCAAAAGCUGACUCAGAUAUCGCCUAGAAAAUCAAACGAGCGUGAUCUGUUUGAGCCAACAGUGUGCACAAAAGUAGCCUUGGAUGAGAUCAACAAAUUGUUCGCAAUGCCAAUGGACUUCUAAGGAACAAGGUAUCUCAUUCCACUCCGUGUUUGUUUUCAUAAAAUAAAAAACAAGUGUGCUUAAGAGCAGAUGCAACGUUUAUGAUUUGUGUUCCUGCUUUAAUACCUCUCUGUUGUGUCUGUAAUGGUGAGAACUAUAUGUUGUUGUAUUACCUUGCAAAACAUAUAUUUAUUUCUGAUAUUGAAGAAAUGUUUUAUCAGCUUAUAUAACGUUGUAUAAGGUCUAUACAACAAGAGUCACAUUACAAACACGUAACUCAAUCUUACAAACACUUGGCAAACCAUUAAAGAAAAGGGAAGAAGAACCAACUCAAUAACACGUUUCUUGUGUUAUUAGUAUACGGUAAUCUUUCAAAACACAAACCCGAAUCAGUAAGUGGGUGGUGGUGCAGUAGCGGGACAAUGGUCAGGACGGAAAGCCAAUGGACCAGAGGCGUAAAUCACAGCCUCAUAGUUAGUCCACUUGAGCCUCUUAUCUUCAUACCGGAGGGGAGCACCAUCGAGAGCAUUGUUAAUGUUGGAGAAGAGAUUGC